AGCCCACAAAUUUUAGGGCUCAUUUUUUGGAAGCCUACUUGAAUCAUUACUACUUUAAGGCCUAGGGUUUUUCUCCUUCUCCCUUCCUCCUCGUGCUGCUGCUGCUGCUGCUGCUGCUUACAUUGUGGCGGUUCGCUCUCUGUGCAGUACACUCCGCAGCUGAUCGACGAUGGCGGACAAAGCAGUGACCAUCCGUACGAGGAAGUUCAUGACCAACAGGCUUCUCGCCAGGAAGCAAUUUAUUAUUGAUGUUCUUCAUCCCGGACGGGCCAAUGUUUCCAAGGCGGAACUGAAGGAGAAGCUGUCUAGAAUGUAUGAGGUUAAGGACCCCAAUGCGAUUUUCGUGUUCAAGUUCCGUACCCAUUUCGGAGGUGGGAAGUCGACUGGGUUUGGUUUGAUUUAUGAUUCCGUUGAGAACGCGAAGAAGUAUGAGCCCAAGUACAGGCUUAUCAGGAAUGGACUUGCUACCAAGGUGGAGAAGUCAAGGAAACAAAUGAAGGAGAGGAAGAACAGAGCAAAGAAAAUCCGUGGAGUAAAGAAGACUAAGGCUGGUGAUGCUGCCAAGGCCGGAAAGAAGAAAUGAGUUUUCUGCUGUUACAAGCUCAUUGCAACCCUCAAAUCUAGUGCUGAAGACUUUUUAUUAGCUCUAGUUCUCAUAUUGUGGUCAUAGCGUAACAAGUUGUUUUUCGUGUUGCAAUUUGGAUUCGGGUAUUAAUCGGAUUUUGAUUCAGCUUUUUCUUGAGUUUUGGUUGGAUGUCAUUCCAAGUAAGGUUCUCUCUAGUUUGUGUUGGACUAGUUUUGUGAUUGUUGUAGAAAUUUUCAAAACGUAAUUCAAGGCUUGCACGCGUCUGCUGUUAGAGUAGAGAUUACACUUUCUCGAUCA